AUGCACAUGUGUGUGCGCACCUUGCGUCGGUGCGGGUCCCGUUGCCGGUGCCGGUGCGGUGCCGGUGCGGUGCCGGUGCGGUGCCGGUGCGGGGCGGCGGCGGCUCCUUUAAGGGCGGCGGGGCCGGUGCAGCCGCGACUCCGCCCCGGCGGGCGCGCGCGGGCGCGGGCGGGGCGCAGGCGGCGGCGCGGGGCGCUGCGGGCACCGGCACCGGCACCGGGGGAUACGGGGGGGCAGCGGCCAUGGGCCUUCCACCCGCCCGCCAGGCCGCGCAGCCGCUGCUCCUGCUGCUGCUGCUGCUGCCGCCGCCCGCACCGGGACCCGCCACCGGCAUCGCCAUCGCCACCGGCAUCGGCUCCGCCGCCGGCAUCGCCACCGGCACCGGCAUCGCCACCGGGACUGGCAUCGGCUCCGCCACCGGGACCGGCAUCGGCUUCGCCACCGGGACCGGGACCGGCACCGGCAGCCGGAGCGGCACCGGGAUCCGCCUCCGCCUUCCCGACGCGCUCCCGGCGCCACUCCAGUCUCGCCGCGGCGGCACCGGGGACAGCGGCGGCACCGGGGACAGCGGCGGCUCCGCGCGGCCCCCGCCGAGCGAUGGGACCGCACCGACCACCGGCAGGGACGGCGGCGGCGUUUGGGGGUCCCGAGGCACCGGCGGCACCGGCGGCACCGCGGGCGUCAGAGGCACCGCGAGCACCGGCGUCACUGGAGCCACCAGGAAUGCUGGAGACACCAGGAGCCCUGGAGGCGCUGGGGACGCUGGAGGCGUCAGGGACGCUCCUGGAGGCACCGGGGAUACCGGAGGCGCAGGGGAUACUGGAGGAACUGGAGACACUGGGAGCACCCAUGUCCCCAGGGACAGCGGGAGCGCCGUGGAUACCGGACACAUCGGGAACACCAGCGUCCUCCCGGACAGCAGGAGCGCCGGGGCCGUACUGAGCACUGGGGGGGCUGGGGGCACUGGGGGCACCGCAGUCCUCAGGGACACCAGGGAUACUGGAUGCACUGGGGAGACUGGGAGAGACACUGGAAGCACUGGGAAAGUCCCCAGGAACAGCAGGGACACUGGACAUAAUGGGGAGACUGGCAAAGUCCCCAGGGACACUGAGAGCACCAGGGAAGUCCCCAGGGACACC